AAUAGAGUAAACUCAGAACACAUACGCUGUGUGCUCUGCUGUCACAGUGUUUACAUAAACAUUUUUACGGCGCAACCUUGUCGUUUUUAGUAUAGGUUGGAUUUUAACGACAGAAAAACAAGGAAGUCAAUUGGUUUUUAUCAAGCUUCAGUAUUGUCAAGUACAUAUAAUAUUGCACCCACGUUUUAUUGAAUAAAUACGAUUUUGAAAGAAAUGGAGGUGCUCCUCAACGAGGAUUUGGCAGCUUUGUCAGAUUUGGAUGAACAAAGUUUGUUCGAAUCCCUGAGUCAACGGUUCAGACAAGAUCGCAUCUAUACCUACAUUGGGGACAUCUUGGUGGCCAUAAAUCCAUUUAAAUACCUUCCUCUCUAUGAGAAAGAGGUAUCAGAGAGCUAUAAGUACCAUGAGAAGACCAAGCUACCUCCUCACAUAUUUGCUGUGGCAGACAGGGCCUACCAGUCCAUGCUGGGACGGUUAGCCACAGGACCCCGAAACCAAUGCAUUGUGAUCAGUGGGGAGAGUGGAGCAGGAAAGACGGAGAGCACCAAGCUGCUGCUCAGACAGAUCAUGGAGCUGUGCAGAGCCAACUCUCAGCUGGAGCAACAGAUAUUACAGGUGAAUCCUCUGCUGGAGGCCUUUGGCAAUGCCCAGACUGUGAUGAAUGACAACAGCAGUCGCUUCGGGAAGUAUAUUCAGCUGCGCUUCCACAACUCCUCAGUCAAAGGAGCUAAGAUCAACGAGUACCUCCUGGAGAAGUCUCGUGUGGUCCACCAGGAUGAGGGCGAGAGGAACUUCCAUAUCUUCUACUGCAUGCUGGCGGGCAUCUCCCCGGACGACAAAGACAUGUAUGGACUCCUGGACCCCACGCAGUACAGGUAUCUGAAUGGGCGGUACGGCUCAGAGGACAUAGUAAGGAAAUGGGGGGAGAAGUACAGUGAGGUGUGUAACGCCAUGGACAUGGUGGGAUUUGAGGAACAGGAGAAGGUAGACAUGAUGACUAUUCUAGCAGGGAUCCUUUCUCUGGGAAACAUCAUGUUUGAGCCCACAGAGACCGACGCUCUCAGGGUCACCGACAAGUCCAUGGGCUGGCUCAAAGCCACAGCCGGUCAGUUUGGGGUGCAGGAGGAGGAGUUGCUGAGGAGUCUGACCUGUACUCUGUCUGUGACGAGAGGAGAGGCCAUCCGCAGGCUGCACAACCAGCAGCAGGCUGAGGAUGCCAGGGACUCCAUCGCCAAAGUGGCUUAUGGGAGAGUAUUCGGCUGGAUCGUCAGUAAAGUUAACGAACUGCUGGCUCCCAACGUUGACUUUGACGUUGAGCUCAGUGAAAUAGGUAUCCUCGACAUCUUUGGGUUUGAGAAUUUUGCUGUUAACCGUUUUGAGCAGCUCUGCAUCAACCUGGCCAAUGAACAGCUGCAGUACUUCUUUAACCAUUUGAAACCAGGAUUCAUCCAUGAAGAGCACACUUCUCCAGCGUGCCAGUGGCCAUCGAAGCACAUCUUUCUGAUGGAACAGAAUGAAUACAAGGAGGAGGGCAUCGAGUGGGAAUCCAUUUCCUUCAAAGACAACAAGCCUAUCCUGGAUCUGUUCCUCACUAAACCCAUUGGAAUCCUUUCUCUCCUGGAUGAGCAGAGUGCCUUUCCCCAGGCAUCAGACAGAGACUUUGUGGACAAGUUGAACAGUAAAUUUAAAAGCAGCCCCCACUAUGAGGUGGUCCGUAGUCAUAGCCCCCUCUUUACUGUGGUUCACUAUGCUGGGAAGGUCCAGUAUAAUGGACUAGGCUUCCUAGAGAAGAACAGAGACACCAUCCCAGCCAGCAUCAGAAGCCUCUUCAUUAACAGUGUCACGCCCCUGCUCAGUCUCCUCUUCGCAGCCACAAUCUCCAGAACAGGCACCUUGAUGCCACGCAAAGCCAAGCUCAUGCAAAAGGCAGAUGACAACUUUAACUCAACUAGGAAACAGUCGGUGGGGGCACAGUUUAAGAUAAUGGUUAGCGUGUCAUACCUUCAGCACUCUCUGGCUGUGCUGAUGGAGAAGAUGUUUGUUGCCAGUCCUCACUUUGUCCGCUGCAUCAAACCUAACGGCAGCAAGCUUCCUGAUCAGGUGGACAACAAAAUAGUCAUGGACCAGCUAAGAUACAACGGCCUGCUGGAAACCAUCAGGAUACGAAGAGAUGGCUUCUCCUGGCGACCGUCGUUCAAAGAAUUUGCUCAGAGGUACAACAUUCUGCUGAUAAAGCCAGAUUUACCACUAACCAAGGAAAGCUGCAUGUCCAUCCUCAACACUACUGAGAUACAUGGCUGGAAGUGUGGCUCGUCUCGUAUGUUCUUUAAGUAUUGGCACCAGGAGGAGUUGGCCAGGCUGUUAGAGAGACUUGGCAAGGCAGCACUUGUCAUCCAGAAAGACUACCGUUCACUGCGCUGCAGGAGGAAGUACCUGUCCCUGCUGGUGGAAGUGCACAGACAGAGGCAGGCCCAGAGAGAGAGGGUAGAGAGAGAAGCCAGGGAGGAGGAGGAGGAGGAGAAGAGGAGGGAGCAGGAGCUGGAGGAGGAGAUGAGGCGACUGGACAUGGAGCAGGAGAACAAGAGGCCAUUCUCUCCACCUGUGCCCCUACCCAGGAAAAAGAAGCCACAGCCCCAGCCUCGCUCUAUCCUGCCCACUGCUACCCACCUGGCUCCUGUCCCACGGCCCCGCAGCAAACAGUUUGAGGCCACUCCCUUUGACAACCUGGAGGUGCAUAUUGAACUGGCUGAGCUGGUGGGCCAGGUAGGGGGAGAGGAGCGAGCCAGGGAGAGGAGCAAGAAGAGGAAGAACACCAUCCGCUGGUUCAAGGAGACGCAGGCCCGCAAGGUGGUCCACAAUGGAGCCUUCCCCUGCUGGUUCCAUGGCAUGAUUACACGCAGACAAGCAGAGGAUUUGAUGACGGACAAGCCUGUGGGCUGUUUUCUGAUUCGUGUGGGACAGAGCCGGGAGGGCUACACACUAACAUAUAAGGGGGCGAACCGCUGCAGGCACUUUAUGAUUGAGAUGCAGUCUAAUGGGAAGUAUGUGAUCCUGGGGGAGGAUAAGGCUCAUCCCUCCCUGCCUGAUCUGGUGCAACACCACAGCCAGGUGGGCAUCAAGCCCUUCAACGAGCUGCUCAGCACUCCCUGUGGACAGACAUGUAACCAGAACACAGACUACGAGGACUUGAAGGGCCUGGACCUCCUGGCUACAGCCAACCAGGGGAGCCCCAAGUCUGGGGAGGAGGGCGAGUCAACCCCUGACCCCGUCCACCUGGAGCUCCAGCGGCUCUUCCUGCCCCCCGGGCAGAGCCCCAGCCUGGAGACCCAGAGACCACCUGUCCUCAGGCGGAUAUCUGACCGAAGACACCGGGCCGUGGCUGGAGGAGGGGAGGCCCGCGGAGAGGGGAGAGGGGAGAGAGGAGAGGGGGAAGAAGAGGAGGACGAGACUGACCACAAGAGCAGGUCAUUCCCCCGGUUGUAUCCUUCCAUCCGAUUGGCUAUGAGGGAGAUCCAGCAGAUCCAACAGCAUUUUCCAGAUGGCCAGGAUCAGAGCCCCUCUAUCUCUCACAGUACCACCAACCCCUCCUGGAGGAGGACCGAUUCAUAACCCAUAGGAUGGAGGGAGUUAAUGCUAUUUGUUGUUUUUCCACAACUGAAAGAGUUAACUGGGCCUUAUUCUGUCUAAGCUUUAUCCAUGAACAAAUUGUAAGGAGAUACUUCCUUGUUUACUAGUAUUUUAUGUUAUGUUUUAUUUUGUAACGAUUUUAAUUUACGUGUGUUAAGGGGUUUUAUGUUUCUGAUUGUAUUGUUGUUUUAUAUGUUUAUUUAAAUGUAAAUUAUGCAGUGGGAAUGUUUACAUUCUGUGAUUUACUGAAUAUUGUUAUUUGUUUACAUUUUAGAUAUCUGGUUGUCAAGUUUUUUUUUUCUCCCCCCCAUCAUAAUAAAAUCUGCAUGAAAAUGCUUCGGUGUUAACACA